AUCCCGAGGCGGUGACUCCAACUGACCCCAGUCGGGCCGAACAACAUCAUAUCAUCAUUUCCAGCCCAUCCAUCCAUCUUACUCCACCUCGUGGACCAGCAACAAAGACAUACCCCAGAAUGGGCCUGAUUCCACCCUGAUAUCAACAACCACACGACCAUUCCAUCGAGUGAUCUCCAUGUACUCCCUACGUACCCUACGAUGCCGGUGUCUCCUUUCCCCUCGUCUCCCACUCCGGCUGGGCCGAAUCGACCACGCGGACGCUCUUCGAUCGUCGAUACGCAUACACAACUAGACGAUACUAGUCCGUAUGGGUUAAACGGUUAUAAUGCAGAUACUAGUAUGAUGGACACGGAGAAUUAUCGCAACGGUGUGAGUGUCUCACCGCGAACGGACACGGCCACUGCGAUCGGAUCACCACCCCGACCGGACCGAAACCCGGCCAUCGUGGAUGCCAACAACAACCACCACCGCGAAGCGGAGGCUGGGAAGCCCACAGAACGGCAGCGGGGCAGAUCCGCUUUGGUGGAGACGGAAAAUAAUAGGAGACGGAGUAAUGGGAACACGCGAGCAGGCGCGGAUAAGAAGGAUAAGGCAGACAGAAACGGUCUGGGUCUGGCCUUGGAUGAUACGUCCGAGGCCGAAAAUCCAGCACAAGAUCCUCAACGGGGAAUGGAGAACGGGGGAGAUAAAAAUCUACGAGAUGAUGGGUCCGAUGGAUUUCCCAGCCGACGCGUUUUGUCCAACGGAGCACGAAAAGGCGGUCAGUUGUCGCUAUCGUCAGACCAGGGCUUAGGGGUUGUUCUAGAGCACACGCAGGACGGCCGCCAUAAUAGUAAUAAUAAUGCUCACCGGACGUCGGUCGUGGAUGCUGUGGAAGAUUCCGAUAUUGCUGCUGCGUUGACUGGGCUGUCUGGUGAUACGUCGCCACCGAGGAAUCCCAACCACGAUAAGGAGCGGGAGAGAGUGUUGAAGCUAUCUCCGGCGAAGAUGCAAGAGCUGACAUCGUCGCCUCAUUCGAUCCCGUACCGUGCUGCGCCUUCAGAGUCGGAUCACAGUCGCAGAGUUGUAUCAGAUAAUAUGUACACGGCGUCUUCUCGCUCCGGAUCAUCGGACGGGGCCGUGCAGCCGUUGGGCGAGAUGAAAAUCCCCCCGGAGGUUGUUGCGAAGCUCCGCGCCAGCAGAGAUGCCCAGACAGAUAGUGCCCCUGAGUUUACGACCCCGGUGUCGUCGAAGCAGACAUCAUCGUCGAUUCGAAGUCGGCCUCAUGCGUCACGAACCGUCUCCACCCCCGGCUCGUCACGGCGCCAGAUGCCCUCUCUCAACAGCGAACGUUUGGCCCAGACAUGGGCCUCGCGGUCCAGACAGGAUCGCCCGUCUGUAGGCAAUCCGGAGCCCGAGCAAAAGAAAAAUCUUAACCCGUCGCCGCAUAUUACUGAACCGGCUCUGCCGUCGCCUAUGCCGUCGUCGAUUCCUCUGCCUCCCCUGUCGGUGCCUACGUAUCUGCAACUAGAGCUGGCGUCUGGGCAUCCAUCUCCGCUGUACAUACACCGCUCCGCCACGACUGAUUUCCCCUAUGAGUCGUCUCGGGUGAAGCUCGAGCGGCUGAUGAACUUUCUGAGGCUUCCUCCGGCGUUAGAGCAGGUUCUUUGGUUUGGUACUUUUGCGUGUCUAGAUGCGUGGCUGUAUUCUUUUACGAUACUGCCUCUUCGGUUUAUCAAGGCGCUGUAUAUCUUGCUGGAAUCAUGGGUGGUCAACCUUGGCUUUGAGUUCCAGUUCAUCUCGCGGUUUAUCAUCAAAGGCGUCGGACGGGUAUGGCGGAGAAGGACGAAGGUAUCUGCGGAUGUCAAUGCUAGUACAGAUUCUGAGACAUGGUCUCGAGCAGCAACGUCUGGGAAACCAGAGGCUGUGGAGCGAGAAGUCAGAAACAAAGCUGCGACGGAAUCAAGACGACGACAUCGGUCUGAUACAUACAUGAACAGGCAUCAGCAUCGUCGACAAAAGUCUAUUCCUUCUGCACUGCUUCCGGAUGAUAAGGCGGAUAUUCUUAAAGGGCUGCUUAUGAUUGCAACAUGUUGCGUGCUGAUGCGAUUUGAUGCGAGUCGGAUGUACCACUGGAUCCGAGGACAAGCGGCCAUCAAGCUGUACGUGAUUUACAACGUACUAGAGGUCAGUGACCGGUUGUUCGCGGCGAUUGGACAGGAUGUGCUUGAGUGUUUGUUCUCACGAGAGGCUUUGGAGCGUAGACCGGAUGGACGCAGCAAGGUCUUCCGGCCAUUUUGGCUCUUUCUGCUGGCUUUGGCCUAUACAGUGAUUCAUGCCACGGCGCUCUUCUACCAAGUGAUGACGCUGAACGUGGCAGUCAACUCGUACUCCAACGCAUUGAUCACUUUGCUGCUUUCUAACCAAUUCGUGGAGAUCAAGUCCACUGUUUUCAAGAAAUUCGAAAAAGAAAACCUCUUCCAACUGACCUGUGCGGAUGUGGUGGAACGAUUCCAGCUCUGGCUCAUGCUCACAAUCAUUGCCUCUCGCAACAUUGUCGAGACGGGUGCUUUUAACUUUUUUGGCACUCUGGGGCUGGGGUCAACACUUGGUGGAUUUUCGUCGACCAGUACUAACAGCACGCCUUUGUCGACUCCUCCGCGGACAUCUUCGUCGAUUCUUCCGCAGUCGUUUACCAUUUUCCCAUCAUCACUUAUCUCGUCUUUUAGCAAGGUGAAUGGUUUUCUGCCGACUCUUGCUCAAGUGCUGGGCCCGUUCCUGGUUGUGCUGGGAUCGGAGAUGCUCGUGGACUGGCUGAAGCACGCGUAUAUCAACAAGUUCAACAAUACCCGGCCAGCCAUGUACGGGCGGUUCCUCGAUGUUCUGGCCAAAGAUUAUUAUACCAAUGCCUUUGGGGAUCAGAAUCUGACCCGCCGACUGGGUCUUCCUGUGAUUCCUUUGUCGUGUCUAUUCUUCCGAGUGUCGGUGCAGACAUAUCAGAUGUUCCUUGCGGCGUUGCUCCCGCAGCAUCCGUCGUCGACAGCAGUCGAGGCAACUUCUUUAUCGUCGAUUCAUAGCCAUUAUGUCCCAUCGCCGAUGCCAUCGGCGCCACCUCUGACUCUUCGAACCAUCAUUCCGUCGUCGGCAGCUCAUGUCAGUGCAUUUUUCCGCAGCGUCCUCGCCAACGCCAUGCCGACCCCAGCUCAGUCCGUGUACAUUUUCACCGUGGUGCUCAUCCUGACGGUGUUUAUUGUGCUGCUGAUCAUGAAGCUUCUUCUGGGCAUGGGGCUUCUGGCGUAUUCCCGCUCACGCUACAAGUCGAUGAAAGGCGUCGAGCUGGACAAUCCAUCUAGUAACGGUGCAGCUGAGCCUAUCACUCGGGGACGAGAGUAUGUGGUCGAGGGGAGCCGUCGAGUAGGAGGCUGGGGAGUCGUCGAGGUGAACGACGACAAGCGACGAUGGAUCUACGCCGAUGAUCCAGAUGGACUACGGCGACUGAAGACGAGAGAGGAAAAGGACAAGAACUCCAAAGACGAACCGUUGAAUAUGGACCACGUCCAACGGUAUGAAAUGGUGGCCAAGCGAAUUUGGUGAUAGACUCGAUGUAUUGUAUUAUAAUGUCACAUCCUCAAUGUACAAUCUUACAAUAGAAUACCUGGACUCAAUUCACUCCAGCAACGGCCUCCUCCCAACAACCACCUGCAAAUUCACCACCGGC